AUGUCAAAGCCAGUACACAGCAAAAAUGAAAUACUGAGGUCCAACACUGGUUUGACCAUCAAUCCAUCCAAAGCCUAUUCACGCUCAGAAACAAGAUAUAAACUGACAGGACUUACUAUAUUUCAAGGAGGACUUUUCAGGCAAAGUCAAGCAAUCAAGAACAGGUUUCCAUCCAGGGCCACAGGUACACCAAGACUCGAGGAGCAUAUGCUCAUUGUCUUUUGUAUGCUUCUAGUGCCUUCCGUCCAGGUCAAGCAUCAGGGAUCCGAUCAGAGUCCAUGGUUAUCAAUAUCCAUUCCAUCCAGGUCAAGCUUCAAGGUUCAGGUCAAGGUCCACGGUUAUCAAGUCAAGCUUCAAGGUUCAGGUCAAGGUCAACGGAUUCAGGUCGAGGUCCACGGUUUCAGUAUCUGUUCCAUCCAGGUCAAGCUUCAAAGCCCACGUCAAAGUCCACGGUUUCAGUAUCUGUUCCAUCCAGGUCAAGCUUCAAAGCCCACGUCAAAGUCCACGGUUUCAGUAUCUAUUCCAUCCAGGGCAAGCUUCAAGGUUCAGGUCAAGGUCAGCGGGUUCAGGUCGAGGUCCACGGUUUCAGUAUCCAAUCCAUCCAGGUCAAGCUUCAAGGUUCAGGUCAAGGUCCACGGUUAUCAGUAUCUAUUCCAUCCAGGUCAAUCUUCAAGGUUCACGUCAAGCUUCAAGGUCCAGGUCAAGGUCCACGGUUUUCAGGAAAAGCAUCAAUGUUCCGAUCUCCCAGCUAUGAUCAUAGUGUCAGCCAUCCAGGUCAAGUGUCAAGGACCCGAUUUCCCGGCAAUGGCCAUCGAUGUCAGGCGUCAAGGUUGCGAUCUUCCAGCCAAGUGUUCACUCAUCCAGGUCAAUCAACAGGAUUCUGAUCUCCCGUCCAUGGUUAUAGCCAUCGAUGUUAGGCGUCAAGGUUCCGAUCUUCCAGCCAUGUGUUCCGUCAUCCAGGUCAAUCAACAGGAUUCUGAUCUCCCGUCCAUGGUUAUAGCCAUCCAUGUCAAGCGUCCAGGUUCCGAUCUCCCAACCAUGUUUACAGCCAUCCGUGUCAAGCGUCAAGGACCCGAUCGCCCGUCCAUGGUUAUAGCCAUCCGUGUCAAGCAUCAAGAACCCGAUCCCCCGUCCAUGUCUCCGGUCAUCAAUGUGAAGCGGCAAGGACCCGAUCGCCCGUCAAUGGUUAUAGUUAUCCAGGACAAGCAUCACGGUUUCGAUCUCCCAGCUAUGGUUAUAGCCAUCCAGGUCAAGUGUCAAGGACCCGAUCGCCCGGCCAUUGCCAUCGAUGUCAGGCGUCAAGGUUCCGAUCUUCCAGCCAUGUGUUCAAUCAUCCAGGUCAAUCAACAGGAUUCUGAUCUCCCGUCCAUGUGUUCCGCCAAUCAUGUCAAGCGUCCAGGUUCCCAUCUCCCUGCCAUGGUUAUAGAUUGUUCAGUCAUCCAGGUCAAGCAUCUAGGUUCUGAUCGCCAAUCCAUGUCUCCAGUCAUCCAGGUCAAGCAUCAAGGUUCUACUCGCCCGUCAAUAUGUUGGGCCAUCCAGGUCGAGCAUCAAGGUUCCGAUCGCCCGUCCAUGGUUAUAGCCAUCCGUGUCAAGCAUCAAGGACCCGAUCGCCCGUCCAUGGUUAUAGGUAUAAAAAACAUUAUGGGUAUACACUCACUAGUUUUAUCUAUUUCUAGUGUUCAGUCGUCCAGGUCUAGCAACAAGUGUUCAGUCAUCCGGAUGAAGCGUCAAGGACCCGAUCGCACGUCCAUGGUUAUAGGUUCUGAUCUCCCAGCCAAGCCUCCAGCCAUUCAGAUCAAGCGUCAAGGACCUGAUCGCCCCUCCAUGGUCAUAAGUAUAAAACAACAUUAUGGGCAUAUACUCACUAGCUGUAAUAUACUUCUUGUGUUCAGUCUCCAGGUCAAGCAUCAAGGUUCUGGUCUCCCCGCCAUGUCUCCAGCUAUCCAGGUCAAGCAUCAAGAUUCCGAUCUCCCCGCCAUGUCUCCAGCUAUCCGGAUCAAGCAUCAAGAUUCCGAUCUCCCCGCCAUGGGUAUAGCUAUCCAAAUCAAGCAUCAAGAUUCCGAUCUCCCAGCUAUGGCUAUAGUCAUCCAGGUCAAGCAUCUAGGUUCUGAUCGCCAAUCCAUGUCUCCAGCCAUCCAGGUCAAGCAUCAAGGUUCUACUCGCCCGUCCAUGGUGUGUUCAGCCAUCCAGGUCAAGCAUCAAGGUUCCGAUCGCCCGUCAAAGAUUAUAGUUAUCCAGGUCAAGCAUCAAGGACCCUAUCGCCCGCCCAUGUCUCCAGCCAUCCAGGUCAAGCAUCAAGAUUCUGAUCGCCCGUGCAUGGCGAUAGCUAUCCAGGUCAAGCAUCAUGGUUCCGAUCGCCCGUUAAUGGUUAUAGCCAUCCGUGGCAAGCAUCAAGGACCCGAUCACCCGUCCAUGCCUCCAGCCAUUCAGAUCAAGCGUCAAGAACCUGAUCACCCCUCUAUGUUUAUAGUAUGCAAUCAUCCAGGUCAAGCAUCAAGGCUUCGAUCGCCAGCCGAUGGUUACAAGUCCAUCCAUGUCAAGCCUCAAGGUUCAGAUCGCCCGUCCAUGGUCAUAAUCUUCCAGGUCAAGCAUCAAGGUUCUUAUCUCCCCGCCAUGUCUCCAGCUAUCCAAAUCAAGCAUCAAGAUUCCGAUCUCCCCGCCAUGUCUCCAGCUAUCCAGAUCAAGCAUCAAGAUUCCGAUCUCCCCGCCAUGUCUCCAGCUAUCCAGGUCAAGCAUCAAGAUUCCGAUCUCCCCGCCAUGGGUAUAGAUAUAACAAAAAUCGAUGAGCAAUCACACUCGGCUUUAUUUAUUUCUAGUGUUGAAUCCACCAAGAUCAUGCUUCACGGAUCCGGAUUCAUGUCUACUCAUCCACGGCAAUUAUCGGGAUCCGAUUUUCAUGAAUUGUUAUAG